GUUAUAUUUGUGUUCUGUGUAGGUUAGUGACAGUUGCAUAAUGUAAAUUGAAACUUUUCAAAUUUUCACCAACAAUUAUCAAAAUUUUAAAACUUUUUUCAUAGAAUCAUCUAAAAUAGACGACUAGCUCUAACUUUUUCUUGCUGUCACUCACAAAUUAAAGCAAAAUGAACUACAAAUUGACAAUGUUUAUGCUUGUUCAAGCAAGAAGAUUGAGUAGAAGUGCAGCACUACAUCAAAAAAACCACUAUAACUCACUAGGAAUUGGAAAGACAGCCACACAAGCCGAGAUAAAAAAUGCUUAUUACAACUUGUCAAAGGUAUAUCAUCCUGACAAAAACCAGGGACAUACAUCAGAACAGAGAGAUGCACAUUCACAAAAGUUCCAAGAUAUUUCUGAGGCCUAUGAAGUUCUGGGAAAUAUUACAACUAGAAAGCUUUAUGAUAAAGGAUUUCUGAGUAAUGAGCCAUCACAAGGACCUGCUGGGGAAACAACCCCAGACGACCCCCUUCACAGAUUCUAUAAAUCCAGAGAAAUGCGUAGCAGACCCCCACCACCAUCACCUAGACAAACAGUGUACAACUUUGAUGAAUGGUCAAGAAUGCACUACUCUGAAUCUGUAAAAAGAGCAACUGACCUAAAAAAUCGAAGGGCGGCCCGAGCUGCUGAAAUGCAAUUACACAAAGAAGCAGUACAAGAGGAGAAAUGCUUUUUUGCCAUGCUUGGAAUUUUUUGCUUAUUGGCAUCAAUAUACGAGUUCAGCAAUUGGAUUCAGCAUAUUUACAACCAAAUUAAAGAGAAUAAGUAUCCUUUUCAUGAACCUUUAAACAAAUUCACACCUGAUGACGACAAGAAGUAGAUUGUUAUGUGUUAACUUGAAAAAGUAAUAAAGACAAAUUUUGAGCCAG